AUACCAAAAAUCCCCUAUACCCACCAUUCAAUUCUGAUAGACAAUCUCAGUAUUCACGUAAAAUUCGUUGGAAUCGGACUAUCAGAGAGUGCGAUCGAGCAGAAGCCAGAAGAAGCGCAUUGGGAUGAGUGUGUUUGGAGGAGAUAGCUGGGCGAGAGAAGCAGGGCAAAGGAAGAGAAGAGUCGACGAUCUGAUUGCAGGAAACAUCAACGCUUCAGCUUACAAGAAGCUAUCCUCAGGCAAAUUCUCAUGUCUUGUUUGCCCUCACAAUCCCGUCCUUGACACUCUCCCUGUACUCUCUGCUCAUUUAAAAGGAUUACGCCAUCGAGCUGCUGAGUUGAGGCUCAAGGAUAAAGAACUAGCCAGACAAGACGAGAUAAACAAGAGAUUCGCAUUGUCCGACCAUGCUACUGAUAAUUCUCACAGACCAUGUAGGCCCUUAAGCAAACGCCUGAUCGAAAACACCAAAAGGGCUGUUUCCGAUAUGCAUAGAACUGAAAAUGUUAAGCAAACUCCCGUCUGUCAACCGCCUGAGCUCCAAUGUUAUAGAAGCCUGUCAAUUAGUGAUGGUAACGGGUGUGUUCCAACAGAUGUUGCUCCACGACAUAAAGGCAUCCAGCACGCGGCUUAUGAUCCGGAACGACAUGAGAGAGAGCUUAAGUUUACUGCUGCUGGCUGGAAGCGAGAUGCCCAUGGUAGAUGGUUCAAAGACGAGAAUGUGAGUAUUAGGAUCUAUUUGGAAGAGUUGUUUGAGUAAAUGUAUGCAUAACAGCAAGGAAAAGCGGUUGCGUACCCAUUUUCCGCCAAAAUAAGUACUUUCUUUUCUCGUGCGUCCUGAAUGUUUUGUCUCGUUGACUUUUUUAUUCAUGAAUUAAGAAAGUGAAGUUGUGCAAUUGAAAUUUAUUUAUAAAUAGAAUAGUCAUUAGUAGUUGUAUAAUUCUUUCCGUGAAAGUGAAUGGAAGAACAUAUUGUUUAAGUAUGUGGUAAUGUGGUAUCAUAUGGUCAAAGAUACAAAGGCAUCCAGUUUCUUCAGGAACCCAUGCAGUACCAAAAUCAUGUUGCUUUGUUAUAAAUGAAACUGUAGUGUUGGAUGGUUUUAUAAGAAACUUACAAUAUUGCAUGCUUUGUAAUUAGUCUUGACCCAAGUUUCAAUCCAAGUAGUCAUGAACAGAAUGAACACAUCCAUGCUAACAAUGGAUUCAUAAAUUGCUUGCAGGUUGAGUUUGACUCUGAUGAAGAAGACCCCAACAUGUCUCUUGCUUGAUAAAAUAUCAGUGAAGUAUCAAAUAUUGCCUCCAUGGGGAUUGCAUACCAUUCAUCACAGUAUGACAAAUAUCACUGGCUGACAUGCAUAACAGUAAUUCAACACCAGGAGAAGAAAUGGCAGAUUCAAAGAUGCAGUGGCCUGUUUGGAUGAGAGUUAGUGACUUGUCCUAUGGUGUGUCUAUCCAUUUUCUUUUUGGAUACAUCAGAAAGGAUGGUUUGUCUAUCCAUAAAUCAACACCAGAAGGAGAAAUGGCAGAUUCAAGGACAUUUAUAUUUCUUUCAUUUUUUCUUUGUAUUUUAGGCUUUAUACAGACUUGUUAGUAGUACUUCAUACACAAUAAUAGUGGGCAGCUCAAUAGAUAAAUACUGCGUUAAACAUUACCAGAAGCAAAAAGAGAUGGAGCUCUUUUUUUAUAUUACUUAAUAACUACACUACUGAGCAAAAAAUGGAGCUCCAUUUCACAAAAAAGUUUGAUAUAAUUUUGCACAAAAUAUGGUCAGAUAAGCUAAAACAACCAUCAUAUCCACACUUCUAAUCACAUUCCUCAUCUGGAUGAUAGCCUGUGGUACAAAUCAUCUGCCAGUGCUUGCCUCGCGCUAUCCCCAUCAUAAUAGGAAGACUUCUCGUUAUCCAAUACCUUCGGCGGUAAACCGAUCUCUUCCGGAUCCUUCCAGGCCUCCGGCUCGGGUUCCCUUGCAAUCUGACACAAAUUGUGCAACACACAGCAGGCAACAACUGUUUGAGGGGCGUGUCUAAUAUCCACAUUCAAGUCUUGGAGAAUCUUCCACCUUGCCUUCAACAAACCAAUGGCUUCCUCCACUGUCUUCCUCCCCUUCACCAAUGCCUCAUCGAACGUGUUCUGUGCAGGACCCCCAGUCCUGUAACGAGAGAAUGGGGUGAGUAAAAAUGACAGCAAUGGGAAUUUCCAGUCACCCACCAGGUGGGGCUUCACUGCCUGCCCUCUGAUGUGUACUGUCCUGUCCCAAACUAUGUCUUCGGAGAUCAGCCGGUUGUACAAUAAGCUAUCCCUGAAAUGUGUGGCAUCGUCGAACCCACCCGGGGCUUUCACGCAAGCGUCCCAGAAAACCUUCUUGUGGUCUGCCACGACCUGGAGGAGAAUGGCAGGGAACCCGUGUUUACAGAAGUACAUGGAGGAGUUUAUGGUGUCUGAAGGAAGGUGAUGAAGCCGUAUGGGGGUUCCGUGGAUGGCGCCGCAAAUGUUUGGGAGGGAUGUCAGUUCUUGAAAACCCUGGGUGGUUUCCACCACACGGCGGCGGCUCACGGGGAUUUGAAUAAACUCCGGGUAAAGCUUGGUGGCCAGUAGGCGGGUGACCAUGUUGGUGAUUUUGCAAACCAGGUAGGGUUCUAGACCGUAACGGGACGCUAGGGUUUUAGCAGAAAGCCCAUUGGAGAGCCUCGAGAGAACCAUCGCGACGGCGUAAUCGGAAGGGAGGGAGAUUUGGGAUUGGGCGAUGUAGGGUUUGAGUUUAUCGACGACGGUGUUGAAGACAGGGUAAGAGAGGCCGUAAAGAGACCGCCAUUGCGCGUCACGCAGAGGAGCUUCCAUGGCCCAUAUGUGUUCAGUGGAGAGAGCGCGGAAGGCGGCGACGGAGCACGCGGCGGAGGAAGGGGUUUUGCGCUUUUUGUCGUUGGGAAGGCGAGAGGCAAUGCAGGGGAUGACGGUGGCGACGGCGAAUAAGAGAAGAGGGGCGGCGGAGUUGGUGGUGAGGAGGGAGGUCGGCGAGGCGGUGUAGAUGGAGUCGGAGAGGAGGGAGGUGGUGGGGUCGAGGUGGUUUUGGAGGUUGAGCAGAUUUGUAAGCGUAAAGAAGAAUUCCUCAUCCAUGGUUCCUGAUUCCACGGUUUCCUUCCUCCUCUUUCGUCCCGAAUCUUCUGAACUGUGUUUUAGCCACCAGUCCACCACUCUAUUUCACUAUUUGUCG